UCCUCCUCCCGGAGGAAUCCUCUCCGACGAAAACAUUGAAAUCUGGCCGCAGCCUUUGGACCGUAGAGGCCAAAACAAGGAGCUCGAGAGGUCCAUUCCUCCUUGAGAAGACCAUGUCCGACCGAACCGUCCCUCACGCCCACCCCAUGAGCACAGAAUACGAGUUCGCCAACCCCAGCAAGAUUUACGACCAGAAUUUUGCAGAAGGCAUUUCUGCAGGUGACAUCCUGGCCCCCACCUUGUACCACGGCUACUACAUCCGCCCCCGGAUUAAUAAGCAGCUGGACCGGGGCAUCUCGGAGGUCAGCCUCAAUGACCACAAGUUCCAGGUCUUCCUUGACGUCUGCCACUUCACGCCAGAUGAGGUGGCUGUCCGCACUGUGGACAACCUCCUGGAGGUGACAGCUCAGCACCCGCAGAAGGCCGACCGCCAUGGCUUCGUCUCCCGCGAGUUCAGCCGCACCUACAUCCUCCCUUUGGACGUCAACCCACUCAUGGUGAAGGCCACCUUGAGCCAUGACGGCAUCCUGUGCAUCGAGGCCCUGCGGACGGGGAAGGAGGUGAAGGCCAGGGUCAACGAGGUGAAGAUCACACAACAAGAACCUCCGCCGGAGAAGAAAGGGAGCACCGAGGAGGAAGAGAAGCAGGACUAAGUCUUCUUGAGGUGCACCAAGAGCUUGGGAUUGCAUUGACCUCUCAAUGAGAACUUGGUGCAGCUACAUUGGGCAAACUUGGGCCCUCCAGGUGUUUUGGACUCCAACUCCCACCAUUCCUAACAGCCGGUAGGCUGUUAGGAAUGGUGGGAGUUGGAGUCCAAAACACCUGGAGGGCCCAAGUUUGCCCAUGCCUGCAUAAGCAUCUCUGGCAAACUACUACUCCCGGUGGUCAAAGUGUUGGAGACUAGCCUGGAAGGGAAGUAAACAUGUGUAACAAAGAAUUUAUAUCUCAGCUUAUCUAAAAUUGACCAAUGGCUGAGGAUCUUCCUCACCUUCCACAACUACAAAUGAUACCUGUGACCUCACUUGUUGAUUUCAAGCUAACUUUUGGUCUUGGAACUUUCUGGAGAAAGGCACCAGCUCACAGGAAGGGAGGGGCAUAUGUAGAGUCAAAGUUACAUAGGCAAUAGUUGAAUAUUUACAUAAAGCUCAAAUUUAAGAUAAGACUGUCCAAUUCUGAUCAAAUCAUUAUUCUCAUCUUCUUCGAUGUGAAUGUGCUUAUGUAUCCUUUUAAUAAUAAUAGAGUAAAAUAAUGCAUGUAAUAAUAAUAAUAAUAAAUACAGGAAAAUAAUACAAGUACAGUUGAGUCUCACUUAUCCAACUGCUGAUGCCUCACCAAACAACAAAUCCCAGGAUUGCAUAGCAUUGAGCCGUAUAUACUUGAGUAUAUGCCGACCCGAAUAUAGGCCAAGGCACCUAAUUUUACCACAAAAAAACUGGGAAAACAUUGACUCCAGUAUAAGCCGAGGCUGGUAAAUUUCAGAAAUAAAAAUAGAUACCAAUAAAAUUACAUACAAUAAAUACAGGAAAAUAAUACAUGUAAUAAUAAAAUAAAAUAAUAAAUGCAUUAAUAAUAAUAAUAAAAUCAGUGAAAUAAUAAAUGCAUUAAUAAUAACAAAAAUAGAGUAAAAUAAAUAAUAGCAACAAUAAUAGAGAAAAAUAAUAAAUGUAAUAAUACCAAUAAUAAUAGAGAGAAAUAAUAAAUGUACCAUAUAUUCUCGAGUAUAAGCUGUCCCAAAUAUAAGCCGACCAGGACCCUCACCCGAGUAUAAGCAAAGGGGGGCUUUUUCAGUCUUAAAAAAGGGCUGAAAAACUAGGCUUAUACUCGAGUAUAUACAGCAUGUCCUAACUCUGGUUUGGGGUCCUACAAACCUAUAUUGUCAUUUUAUUACAGUUCAAGUAUCAAGGUGUCCUGCAAGGAAUCAUUACAGUAUGAUUAAAUAUUUUCUUUUGGAUCUCCCCAACUUUCUGUCUUAAAACUACAAUUCCCAAGACCUCAAUGGAAGAAGAGAAGGCUGCUAACCGAUUGUCUUUUAUAAUAGGAACAAACCCACAACGAAUGCACUAAGACAUCCCUUCUGCUAACCACAAGUAUUAAAAAUGCUGUUCUGUCA